AUGAAUUUAGAUUCUUUUCAACCUCCUUUAGGAACUUUAAAUCACAUAAGCUUUUGUGUUAAUGAUUAUCCAAAGUGUGUCGAAUUUUACGAUUCCGUUCUCACAAGACUUGGUUAUAAGAUAUUAAUUAAAACAGAAUUCUAUGCUUCUUGGUUACAUCCCAGAGUAGGGCGAAUCGCGAUAAUACCUGCUCAAUCUCAAAAUAAAAAUGAAAAACAUAAUAGAUAUUCUGUGGGAUUUCACCACCUUGCACUAAACGCCACAAGUAGAAAAGAAAUUGAUGAUUUUCAUGACUUCUUGGUGGAGAAAAAAUAUAAAGUUUUAGAUGUACCUCAAGAGCAUUAUGUACCUGGGUAUUAUGCUGUCUUUUGGGAAGAUCCUAACGGAUUGAAAUUUGAGCUUAGUCAUGUUUCACUUUCUAAAUACUGCGCUUCAUUAGACGAGAAAAAGCACAUAGAAGAAGAGCUCAUUCAUAAAGAAAGUGAACUCACAGAAAAAAAUGAAAAUAAAAAUAUAUGUAAAAAGCUUGGUUAA